UUUGACUUUUGGAAAUACUUCAAAUCAUUUCAUUGGAAACCUUGAACAUGCAUUCAUGAUAAAUGUAGAUAAUCGAACUAUUUCUAUGGGUGUCACUACUAUACCUAGUGAUGUAUAUGCCAUUUAUCAAUGUAUGUUUGCUGCCGUCACUCCUGCUCUUGCCAUCGGUGCCGCUGCUGAACGUGCUCGUAUUGUUCCUACGAUCAUUUUUAUCUUUAUUUGGACUACUUUAGUUUAUGAUGUAAUUGCUUGUUGGACUUGGAAUCCUGAUGGUUGGGCUGCUAGAUUAGGUGUUUUAGAUUAUGCUGGUGGUACCCCUGUUCAUAUUGCUUCCGGUGCUGCUGCUCUUGCUUAUGCUUUGGUUCUUGGUAAACGUCAUGGUCAUGGAACUGAUGAAUUUAAACCUCAUAAUGUUGCUAAUGUUGUUCUUGGUACCGCUUUCCUUUGGUUUGGUUGGUUUGGUUUUAAUGGUGGUUCGGCUUUGGCUGCUAAUGGUCGUGCUGCUAUGGCUUGUAUAGUUACAAAUUUAUCCGCUUCUGUUGGUGGUCUUACUUGGUGUUUUUUAGAUUUUCGUUUAGAAAAAAAACUUUCGGCUCUUGGUUUUUGUUCAGGUGCUGUGGCUGGUUUAGUAUGUGUUACUCCUGGUGCUGGUUAUAUUGAUUACCCUUCUGCUAUUGCUUUUGGUUUUCUUGGUGGUUGUCUUUGUAAUUUGGCUGUUAGACUUAAACAUGUUUUUAAUUAUGAUGAUGCUUUGGAUGUAUUUGCUGUACAUGCCGUUGGAGGUUUUACUGGUAAUAUCCUUACUGGUAUUUUUGCUUCUAAAUCUAUUAUUCAAAUGGUAGAUGUUACUGGUGGUGAUGGUGGUUGGAUAAGCAGAAAUUGGAUUCAAAUUGCUUAUCAAUUUGCUGAUUCGGUGGCUGGUACUUUAUACUCUUUUCUUAUGACUUUUGCUAUAUUAUGGAUUAUGGAUAAAAUUCCUGGACUUUCAAUUCGUACUGAUCCGGAAUCGGAGGCUAAGGGUCUUGAUGAAACUGAAUUAGGUGAAUACGCUUAUUAUCAUGUUGAUAAAUUGAUUGCUUAUACUAAAAAGACUGGUGAAAAAUCUUAUGAUGAUUCUAUGAAUCCACCAAUUUCAAAC